GAGGAGUGUGACAGGUAAAAAGCAAAACAUUUUCGUACACGAGACUUUCAAGGCUUUUCAUGAGUGUAAUAUCCUGAAACUUAGUUCCAUUGAUCAGCACCAUGUCUGGGUUCGGCCAAAAUGAUGGAUUCUACCAGGGAAAUUUCUAUGAGCAGCAGUCAGCUGGCUAUGACAUGGGUCCAGGGGGCCAACAGUUUGGAGGGGAGCAACAGUUUGCCCAGUUUGACUAUUCUCAAACAGCCCAGGGGUACGGGGACAGUGGAGCAUAUUACGCUGGUCAGCAGUCCUACAUGGGCUCUAUCCUCACCCCUGAUGCCUCCCAGUUUGCUCAGGGCCCGGGCACAGAGAACUUUGACGAGGAACCACCUCUGAUGGAAGAACUAGGAAUAAAUUUUGAUCACAUCAUCCAAAAGGUAUAA